GCCGGAAAGAGUGUGGCUGCUGUGUAGACCUAGGACAUUGUUUCAAUACGACAUUCUGUAGUGGAUGUUCAGUUGGGCAGUACCAACCAAAUCCAGGCCAGGAUGACUGCAACGAGUGCCCAAAUGGCACCUCAACCAAUAACAAAACAAGCUCUCAAGUUUGUACGAACUGUACAGUUGGCCAUUUUGCUUCAGAUGCUGGCUCAGCAGUAUGUAGUCCGUGCCAACCAGGUACAUUUGUCAACAAAUCUGGAGCAGCCAAAUGUGAUUUAUGUUCUGCAGGUUUUUACAGCAAUCAAACAGGACAAACUGACUGUAGUCCAUGCGAUUUAGGUCAUUUUUGCAAUAAAUCAGAAUGUCAAGAGUGUCAGCCGUGCGCUCCAGGCCAGUAUGCUAACGUGACAGCCAGUCAACACUGCAGCUUAUGUGAAGCUGGUUCAGAUCAACCUGAGGCAGGUAAAAGUGGUUGUGACCCAUGUCUGGCAGGAUUUGAAGCGCUACAUCCAGGAGCUACUUCAUGUACUGGCUGCUUACCUGGUCAUUUCAAAAAUGAAACUAGCACAGCAUUUUGUCAGCCCUGCCCACAAGGCUAUAAUGCAAGUUCACUAAACAACACUGAGUGUAAGGCCUGCAUGCCAGGAAAGUAUCAAGAUAAAACUGGCCAGACUGAGUGUGCUGCAUGUCCUACCGGCUUAUAUUGCAACACUUCUGGAUGUAUACAUUGUAUGGGUUGUCCAGGUGGGCAGGAGACUGAUGACUCAAUACACUGCACCCUUUGUAGACCAGGGACAUACAAGCCUAGUAAUGAUUCCUCUUCAUGUAAAGGGUGUGAGCGAGGUUACUACACAAGCUCCAAUGGAUCACUGAAGUGCAAGCAAUGUCCGGCAGGCUAUUACUGCCCGCAAAACAACCGCCAGCCUGUGACCUGUCCAAGUGGGGCUUACUGUCCUCCAGGAAGCAUCUCUCCAAUCUGGUGUCAGGAUCCCUUCUUUCAGAUUGAUACACAAGUCUUGGACUGCAAAGCAUCGCCUAGUCUUAUUGCACUCAUCGUGGGAGUCAGUGUUGUUUUCGUCCUGCUGAUAGCAUUUGUUGCCUUCAGAGCUGUGAAAAAGUACCGUAGCUGGCGGAUCAGUAAAAUUGCGGAAUCAAGUGAACAUCGACCGCUGACCAACAGAGAAGAAAGCACUCCACCUGUUUACACUGGUUUAUAA